AUGGGUCUAGACUGGACCUCUACCGCGCCUUCCAACUCGUCGUUCAUCUCUGAUCAUUCUUUGUUUGGUCAUCAUCAUCACCACCAUCAAGAACAGGCAGAAAUGGCUGGUGUUGCUGCUGUCGCUGCUGCUACUCUGGGUGGAGUGCGAAGCGGAUAUGCGACGCGAUCUUCCACUGGCACUCUGGUUCGAAGCAUGUGCAUACCCGGCCAGUCUACAAUGGGCAGCAAUCUCUUUGGGCCCAGCCCCGUUGCACAGAAUCAGGUCGGCAGUGGCGCUGGUGCUGGAAGCGGCGGUGCCCAGCGUAAGAAGCGUCGACGAUACGGACCAAAGCCCGAACCGCCUUACACGUGCUACUGCGGUAAGGUGUUCAAGCGACACGAACACAUGCUGCGCCAUCGAGCCACGCACGACGACAUGAUCAAGUACGAGUGUCCCAUCUGCGGCAAGUGCUUCCGACGCCAGGAUGUGAUGCACCGACACACCAUGACGCACUCGAGUCGCGGGCGUCUGCAGAACAAGAUGCGCGCCGCCGCCUCGGCACCCUCGUCGUCGUCAAAGUCGUCGUUGACGGUCGCGCCGGCCGCUGCCGCGGCGAAUGCAUCGUUCCGACAGCAAGCAGGCGAGGACGAAAACAUGCUCAAUGUCAACCGCAAGCGCGAGCACGAGCGUUCCAACAUGGGCUACACAUCCAAGAGCCACGAGGCGCUCGAGGAUCCCACUCUGCGCGUUGGCCUCGCGGAGUAUCCGGUCACAACGACAUCGUCGCGUCACAACCAGGAUCAUCACAUCGCAGCUGCACAGCUCUACAGCGCCUGCACCGGUACACGCUAUUCGUACGCUACCUAUCCUGCCAACGCAGAGCACAUCUAUGGCGGAGGCGGCGGCGUGAGUGUAGCCGAAGCAGAAUAUGCUCGGUCCGAGAGCUUCGAUGCGCUGGCCGGCUACCACAACCGCAUGGCACCGUCCUUGUCUCAUCCACCGGCUUUCUUCCCUUCUGCGCCUGGUUUCGCUCCCAACGCGAUUGGAGCGGAUCAAUUCAACAUGGCCAUGGGGCGGCCCCAUCUUCCUAUGCAUAUGUCGACUACGUUGGGCAGCGUAGAUUACGAGUACGAGACCAAGCCUGUGGGUGCAGAUGCAGGCCAACACUAUGCGCAGAGCUGGCAUGGCGGGUACGCGCUGGGACAUGGUUCAGUGCACAUGGGAGCGUCCGAGUCGGAAUGGAGCGAGCAGAGCCCGUCGGGACCGAGCACGCACACAUUUGCCUCGCCGGCGUGGAGCCAGAAGGCAGAGCUGAUGAGGCGCGAGGGUGGAGGCUCGAAUUCGGCGGGUACACCGCUGAGCAUGCUGUCAAACAGGCAGCUGUCAUUGGAGCCUGCUUCUCGAUGGCAUGCUCAUCCGGAAUACCAGCAACAGCUGCAGCUUCAGCAGCAGUAUCAACAGCAGCAGCACCAGCAGAAUCAGCAUGGCUCUCCGAUAGUUGGCGAUGUCAACAGCGAAGCAGGGUUUGGCAACAUGGACCGCAGCCCUGCCUAUGGGACGCGUCGACGCUUGUCGGGCAUGUACGGCCCGAACGGUGGUAGUAGUAAUCUAGCUCAGGUUGCACCCGCGCAUGGACACGGCCUUGUUGUGAAGGAGGAAGCUCACAGCGACGCAGUUGCGGGCAACAGUAUGGGUUUGGGACUGUUCGAGCAGACGCAUGGAGGUCAUGAGUCUGCCUCGCUGCCGUUCAUGACCACGCCGAUGUUCGUUAGCGCCUCUGCUGUCAACGGAGACACUCAUGGCCACAGCGGUGGUGGCGAACGAGGAGGGCUGCCACACCACGCCGCCCAUGCAUCGCCUCACAUCUCCAACGGUGGGAUACUCUCCUCAUCGUCGCCGUCUCACUACCUUGGAGCUGGUAUGACCUCGAUGCACGUCUCGCACAACUUUUCGUAUGCUCCUGCGGGCGACAGCGGCAAGCAGGGUUUCACGUCAAUGUCGAGCGUGAUGGAGCCGUUUGACACAGGGUCGCCGUUGACAGAGGCGACCGGGGCUGCCUCGCCACGAAGUCAUAGUCAUGGUCAGGCGUACCCUCAGGCUGUUGGAGGAGGUGCGGGAUCGAAGCAGGUCGACACUUCGCGAGAAGCUUCAGUGGAUCCGACGAUUGAUCCUCAUUUGGCAGGUGCUGACAAAGGUUACGUCUCGAGCACGUCGACUGCCAGUCUGCACGGUGGUAAGGGUCAUGCUGGACGACGCUGGUGA